AGAAAAAUCAAAGUAAAAAAAUCCACUUCCUUUAAAGGUACCCAAAGCACUUCCCUUUAAGUCAAACCAUAACAACCCAACAGCUGACAGAAUGAGAAAGAUGGCGGCUGCGCACACGGACUCCGCCGCUGGAGCCGGAGAGCAAAUCAAAGCGAUUUUACGCCGCUGCCGGGGUCGACCCAGGCUGACGGACGCGGAUCGAGCUCAGCGGCGGCUGGAGUCCCGGAAGAAGUACGACGUGCGACGGGUUUAUCUCGGUGAAGCGCAUCAGGUCUGGAGCGAGCUGCGCCGACGCACGAGCCUGAGCGACGCGGGGCUCGCGGAGUAUUUAAUCCUGCUUAAUUCCGCGUACGGGGAGAAAUACCAACAGAAAUACGCCAAGAGGAAAGACGUUCCCGAACUGCGUAGCAGUCAUAGGAAAGGGAAAAAAGUUUCCGCUACCAGCUUGCAGAACCUGGUGAACUGGUAUCAAGAGCACUUCCAGUCCUGCCCGCAUGAACUUGAACUGCGGGCGGUGGAGCCUACGGUGGGUUUAUCUACGUCUGUACUGUGGCAGUGUGUUGCUGGUCAUUCAUUUGUGCAGUACCUGCCGUGGGCUGCUGGGAUCGAGUCGGAAUCCGAAGUAGAGGACAACGACAAAGAGAGAGACGACAUCCUUCCUGAGAAGAAUGAGGUCACUGACAUAACCAAUGACAAGCGGAGGAUGCUGCAAAAUCAAGAGCUGCUACAAGUCAAUGACUUGCAAAGCGACACUGAACAGUCGUCCCAGGUGGGCCAUGAGACGACAUGCACGACCCUCAGUCAGCUCCCAGGAGCCCCUGCGGCCCACAGAAGCCCCCCCGCCUCCGAGCGCUGUCUGGGAAACCCGGCCGUGUGGGAGAUGGAGGUGCUCAUGGACCGGGAGGCUCAGGCUGCGCUCGCCGAGUCCGCUGACGAAGCCUCGGGUCGGGUUGUGGAAAAGGAGACCGACUCUGUCAUGGAGCAGGCGGACGGUCUGAGGACUUUGGGAAACCCGGAGGGAGGUGGGGGCUUGGCUAAAAGUUACGAGUGCGUGGUCGUCGCGGCGCCUUUGGUGGACAGUCGAGCGAGGGAGGAUGAAGACGGGGGUACUGGAGAAGAUGUAGGGGAGGGUGAAGACGUGACGGGCACGCCGCUGGCGGUCGCCCCAGCGCAGGACGAGCUGUACGGGACGGUGAUGCAGACGGUGAUGAGCGGCUGUGAGCUGCCGGAUCAGCGCUCCACACUGGGAGGAUCUCAGUUGAUCAUAAUUACGGGUCCCAGUUACGAGGCCCUGACGUCUGAAGGCAUUCAUCUGAACGUUGCCGCUGGAGACGUGGAGGAGGUCACGUGUACCGUCAUCGGGGACGUGGCGUAUAAUCAGAUCCAAUCGGGAGCGACCUCACGUCCCGAUACCAUCACAGAUAUGGUUGAGAAGCAGUUGUUUGAACCCAGUGAAGAAACGCACUGUCCGAGGGAGCUCGAGAGAUCUCUGAACAGAUCUAAGAGAAGUCGAAGGGGUCCUGUCAUCGAAGCAGACGGCAUGUUGAAGAUGUUUCACUGUCCGUAUGAAGGCUGCAGUCAGGUGUACGUGGCCAUUAGCAGUUUCCAGAACCACGUGAACCUGGUGCACAGAAAGGGUCGGACCAAAGUCUGCCCUCAUCCAGGCUGUGGGAAAAAGUUUUACCUGUCCAACCAUCUUCACCGUCACAUGAUUAUACACUCGGGCGUGCGAGACUUCAUCUGCGAGACGUGCGGCAAGUCAUUCAAACGCAAGAAUCAUCUAGAUGUUCACAGACGAACACACACAGGAGAGACGCCAUUACAAUGUGAGAUCUGUGGGUAUCAGUGUCGACAGCGAGCGUCUUUGAACUGGCACAUGAGAAAACACACCUCUGAAACUCAUUUCAACUACACGUGCGAGCACUGCGGCAAACGCUUCGAGAAACUCGACAGCGUCAAGUUCCACAAACUCAAGAGCCAUCCAGACAAACAGAGCAUCUGAAGACGUCUUCAGGAUGUGCAGUGAAGCCACACUCCAACGAAGUGUUUUCUUUAGCAGUAAUCGCAUUUGUGCACUUUCAACGUCGUCUAAAAGCGAUGUGCUGAUAACCUGAAGAAAUGCUCGAGCAAUCAAAAAAAACUGAAUGAAUGGACACGAGAGAUAUUCUUAAGGUGUUUACUGUGCUGGACACAUAAACGAGAAACAGAAUUCCAGCUGGAGAUAUAUGAAAAAGAUGAAUUAAUUUUAUUCGUUUGCUUUUUUUAUUAGAUUUUAAUUAUACAGUUUAAAAUAGCGUGUUAGACAUGCGGUGAGGUCCAAAUUAUACCACAUCCCCAAAAAUGUGCCGAAGUUUGGCAAUGAACAGUUUUGAGAUUCAGACGUUCAUUAUGGUGUAAAAGAAGUCAUAUUUGUCUGUUAUUUCGUAUGAUUUUCUACGAUUUUAAUCGUACAGAAAUGUUCGAUUGUUAGAAUAAAGCAAGAAUGAAGCCGAAAUUCAUACGAAGUGAGCAAAACUUUUUUAAUGUUUGAAACAUAUUACAUGAUAAAUGCAUAAAUUCAUGUUAAUGAAUGUUAACACACUUAUAAUCCAUAUUAUCCGAAAUUCAUAGAAAUAUUUAUAGUGGAUAAAAUAGAAAACCAAUUCCAGUUUACCAUUCCAACCAAAUGCGAGUUCAUUUCCUUAACAAUGUGAUAUGAAAUCCAACAUUUGUUUCAUUUCGUUUUAUUUUUAGGUUCGGUGGAGCCUGUUCUCGUGGGAUCUCUCUGUUUUGAUCUUUUCAUUUACUGUUUAAAUACGCGUAUUUAACUGAGGUUAGUGAAUCUCGCGUGUGAAAACUGAGGCACGUCGCGUGUUCUUCACACCUUCAUGAGAUGUGAUCUCACACCUUCAACGGCACGUCUCAUGAAUUCAAUAAACAUCACCUUUAUAAUGUUCCAUUUUUAUGUUCCUGAGCUAAAACUGUAUUUCAGGAUGCAUUUUGUACCGUGCGUUUGUUUGGGAUGUAUUUCUCUGCAUCUAAAGACAUGAAGAAAGGCUUGCGUUUCAUUGUACUCCGAAUGGGAAGCUGUGUAACGCUGGUGUCGUGUGGAUGGGAAUGGCUGUGAAAUACACAGGGAAGUGUCAUUGAACACUUCUACUCUCAGGUAAAAAAGUUCCCUUUGUGCUGCUGGGUUUGAUGUCAAUGUGCAAUUUUUUACAUCCGUACGUCACGUUGGUUAAGUACAGUAUUUCCUUAAUUAAAAGAAGUUCCUGGUAAAUGUUUUAUAAUGAGAGUGUGGUUCAGUACAGCGCUUAAGAAACGCUUUACGAGAAGCAUGGUGGCGUUGAGUCAUAACGGCUUGUUUUAUUAUUUUAGACUGUAGGGACACAACAGUGACAUCAGCAGAUUUGGUUUACUGGGUUUGGAAAAUGACAGCUUGUCAAUGACCUUGAGUUUCUUUCGAUAAAUCAUAUUUUGUAUCCGAGUCUUUUGAAUGUUCUUUCUUUUGAACUUUGAAUCUCUUUUUUUUUGUGUGUGUCAAAUUUUUUAUUUGCACGUUUGUUAAUGCAUUCGUUUUUAAAGUGCUUUUUUCCCUCAACCUUGUGAAAUGUCUUUGUGAACUUCUUUCAGGCCUUCUUUGAGCUUUCAAAACAACUAUUCUUUUACAAGCUUCUUUUCUA